AUGGAUCCAGCGAAGGGCAAAAGUCACAAGAGAGGCCCUACAAGCAGCCAGACUGACAGUGGUCGUUCGAAAAAGUCACGGUCAAGUGGGUUCGAUGAUGUGUGCGCAGCUUUCACAUCCUACGUACAGGCAAAAACAGAACAUUCACGUACACGAUCAAAUGAGACAGAGGCUGUAAGUGCAGGUGGUGAUGAGUAUUCCAUUGAUGCAUGUCAAGAUGCAUUACUAGAGCUUGGGGACAUACCACCGGCACGAAAUAAUAUGUCAUCCGACACAGAAAACAAUGCAAUGGAGAUCUCAUCAGAGGAGGAUGAGGAUUGUGUCGAUACUAUCGAUGGCACAUUGGUGGAUGCAUGGGUCCCUGCUUCAAGACAAAAUAUAUUCCGCGGUCGCAAAUCUACGGUAUCGCAAAAUGUACUCACAGUUUGCAACUUCAACAUGUUGUUCACAUUUAUUAAUUCUGGAUGGGGAGGUAGCGCUCACGACAACGCUAUUUUAGUUGACUCUAUUACAAGAGCUAAUCUACAAUUCUCACACCCACCCCAUGGCAAGUAUUAUUUAGUGGAUGCUGGUUUCACGAACAUGCCUGGAUUUCUUGCCCCAUUUCGUUCCCAACGCUAUCACUUGCAAGAGUUUUAUGGCCGUCAUUAUUCAGGACCUAAGGAAUUGUUUAACCAUCGAUAUUCGUCGUUACGCAAUGUCAUAGAAAGAACAUUUGGUGUUCUGAAGAAGCGAUUCCCAAUAUUGCAGUCCAUGCCAAAUUACAAGUCUAUAAGACAAGGCCCUCUCGUGAUUGCAUGUUGUGUAGUGCACAAUUGA